AUGUCCAGCAGCAAGCCCAUCGGCGAGAGGCUGGCCGACUCGGUUGCUGCCACCGGCGAGGCGGCUGGCAAGGCAUGGGAUGCCACAAAGGACAAGGCUUUUCAGACCAAGGCCAAGGUGGAGGAGAUUCCGCACCGUGCAGGUGAGAAGAUGGAGCACGCCCAGCACAGGGCUGAGGAGGCAGGCCACGAGGCUCAGCACCGCGCCACAGAGGCCACCACCACCAAGUGA